CGCAAUAUUAAAGUCAUCGUCACAGGUUGUGUUAGACAAAGAACGAACAAGACUCGAGAAUUGUUGCUGUGAAAAUCACUGCAGAACUAUGGAAGCGAGAUGGGAAGAUGAUUUGCAAGGUUAUGACGUGGGUUGUUUUCAAGGAGAAGUCAACGAAGAUCUGCUUUGUUCCAUUUGUCAGGAAGUUCCAAAGGAUCCCAGACUUUGCCAACACAAAGAUCAUAUAUUUUGUUUCGCUCAUAUAUCACGACAUCUCGUUCAAAACUCUCAAACAUGUCCAGUUUGCAGAGAUCCUCUGACUCAAGAAACCUUGAGACGACCAACAGGAUUUCUGAAGAAUUAUUGGGAAGGUCUGAAAAUCAAGUGUGAUCAUCAUGAACGAGGAUGUCCUGACUACGUUCGUCUGGAACAUCUUCCAAAACAUGUCGAGGAAUGUGGAUAUGCUCCUGUCAUGUGUCGUAAUGAAGGAUGUGAAACAGAGGUCAAUAGAAGAGAUGUUGAAACUCACGAGAAAGAUCUUUGUCAGUUCAGAAUCGCCAAAUGUCACGACUGUAAAGAUAUCAAGGAAAAUGUGGAUCAAACAAAUGUUCGAAUGACUGCGAUAGAAAGAAAUCAGGAUGAAAUGAAGAAAAAUGUGGAUCAAACGAAUGUUCGAAUGACUGCAAUAGUAAGAAAACAGGAUGAAAUGAAGAAAAAACAGGAUGAAAUGAAGGGAAAUCAAGAUGAGAUGAAGAGAAAUCAGGAUGAAAUGAAGGAAAAUCAAGAUGAGAUGAAGACAAAUCAGGAUAAAAUGAAGGAAAAUCAAGAUGAGAUUAAGACAAAUCAGGAUGAAAUAAAGGGAAAUCAAGAUGAGAUGAAGACAAAUCAGGAUGAAAUGAAGGGAAAUCAAGAUGAGAUGAAGACAAAUCAGGAUGAAAUGAAGGGAAAUCAAGAUGAGAUUAAGACAAAUCAGGAUGAAAUGAAGGAAAAUCAAGAUGAGAUUAAGACAAAUCAGGAUGAAAUGAAGGGAAAUCAAGAUGAGAUAAAGGAAAACGUGGAUGAAAUUAAGACAAGUCAGGAUGAAAUUAAGACAAGUCAGGAUGAAACGAAUAUUCAAAUGACUGCAAUUGGAAGUAAACAGGAUGAAAUGAAGAAAAAACAGGAUGAAAUGCAGAAAAAACAGGAUGAAAUGAAGAGAAAUCAGGAUGAGAUGAAGCAAAGUAUGAACCAGAUGAAAGAACAGUUUGAGAAAAUGAUGAUCAUGAUGAACAAAGCAUUUCAAGGAUCACACAAUAUUAUUAUUAUUGGUGGUCGGUAUGGCCCAAGAGAUGACACGAUAUUAAAUACAGUCGAGAAAUACAACACAGCAGAAAGAAAGUCAAUUGCGCUGCCACGAUUGAAUCAUCCUCGAGCAGCAUCAGCAUCGUGUGUUCACAACAAUGACGUUCUUGUCGUUGGUGGUCACGAUGGUAAAGUAGCAAUUGGCAGGAUCGAAGUUUUGAAGAUGAACCAACAUCCUUUGCGAUGGACAAUCUUUGAUGGUAAACUGCCUGUCACAUUAUUUGCUCAUGACGUCAUAGUUUAUCAAGGAAAAUUAUAUACAAUAGGAGGAUAUGACGGGAAUAAGGGAAAAACGUCGAAAGCCAUUUAUGAGAUUGCUCUUACCCCACCUUAUACUGCAAAGCUGCUGACGAGAAUGCCUAAGCCAAGACAAUAUCACAAAGCAGAACUUGUUAAUGGAAAACUAUUUAUCUUGGGCGGAUCAACAACCGGCUCUAGUAAAGAUACUCUUGGAAGCGUUGUUGUUUAUGAUUUGAUUAAGAAUAAGUUGAAGACAUAUCCAUCUUUACCUCAGCCUGUUUGUGCUAUGUCCACAGUCAUUUGGGGAAAUACGAUCAUCGUCGUUGGUGGUGAGGAUAAGUAUGGUCGGGCAUUAAAUGACGUCAUAAUGUACGACACAGAGACUGGGCAAAGCGAGAGACUGCCCUCCAUGAUUCACAAAAGGUGCGACAGCUCUGCCGUGAUGAUAAAUGACGUCGUUGUCGUGUUUGGUGGAUGCAAUAAAGAGCAGGGAGAUCUCAACUCAGUGGAAUCUUUCACCAUUGGUGGAGAUGGCUGGAAAGAACUGCCAGGAAUGUUAGAAAAAAGACGCGCUGCUACUGCCGUAGUUAAACCGCUGAGAAUUUGAUGAAAAAUUUGAAGUAAAAGAGUUUGUCUUUUUUUCCAAGAUUGAGUUGAACACGAAGUUAUAAAUGAACAAUCAGUGAAUGAUUACAUGAAUUAGGCUUUCAAGUCUCCGAGCGCCGCUGACCACCACUGAUCUUUUAUCAAACUGGAUGAUUGAAGAUGUUUUGUAAUAAAAAUGAUAUUGUGAUAAUUAUAUCAUAUAUAACUAAUGUAGUCGCAUGUAUUUGCAAAUAUUGUAGAUAAAGACAGAAUAUUCGUAUAUAUUACUUGAUAUUGAAACUAAUCUUGAAAACAUUUGAGAAUUGUUGAGAAUUAGAGACAAUAAUAAUGAACAUUUAUAAAACUAGGAUAGAAUAUGGACGCUGAGUUCAGUCAGAACUAAACAAUUGUAAAUAAAACAAAAUCUCAGAUGAUUCGUAACAAGUAACAUUAGAUCAGACAACUACAGUAUAUUCAUUCUGAUAUUUUGCCUUCUUAUUCCAAGACAAUUUGCAUGGUUUG